GUGAUAGGCUCUUAAAGCCAAGUCUUGGGUUAUAUAACAAGGCAUCUUCUUUACAGAGGGAGAGAAGAAAGAUCUGAGGAGCAAUGACAACAACAAGACAGAUGUUGGAGCAGCCACAAUCACCAUUUAUUCAACGUACCAUAAGCAUCAAUGGAAGCCCCAUGGUAGAUGACAGAGAAGAGGAGCUUUCACGCUCUGCUUUAGCUUUGUAUAAGGAAAAAGAAGAUGAGAUUGAAAGGAGGAAGAUGGAGGUUAGGGAUAGGGUUCAGAAAAAGCUUGGACUCGCUGAGGAAGCUGCAAGGAGAUUAGCCGAGAUUCGGGAAGAGCUGGAAGCUCUUACCGAUCCAAUGCGUAAGGAGGUUUCCGCGAUAAGGAAAAGAGUCGAUGCUAUUAAUCGAGAACUCAAGCCAUUAGGACAGAGUUGUCAAAGGAAGGAGAGGGAAUUCAAAGAAGCACUUGAAGCAUACAACGAAAAGAACAAAGAGAAAGCUAUGUACAUUAGCAAGCUAGUUGAGCUUGUUACUGAAAGCGAGAAACUGCGAAUGACAAAGCUUGAUGAACUCAGCAAAGGCAUUGACGUUUCCUUACGCUAACACAAGAUGAUCAUCAGCCAGCUUUCCUUAUUUCAUUUGCACCUCUUUUUUAAUUGUUUGAUUUCGAUAUUACUUGUCUUUGUGAUCAAAUCUGAUUUCCUGAUUUAGUUGAAAUGUGUUAAAGCUUCGGUAUGAAUUUACAUUCUUAUGUUUUCA